UCGAUUCAUCUUCAAACUUCCUGGAUUUCCGUCGAUCGAAACUGAGACUCUCCUUCAGUUGCAGCGCCUGAGACUCGGGAAUCUCUACAUCUCUCUCUCUCUUUGAAGUUUCUGAUGCUUUUAAUACCGAUCCUCGCCCCAAGGUUUCCCGGGUGUUUCUCCGUUUGGUGGUAGUCCAUGCCGCCAUAUUUAGUCCUUUGUGUAUCCAGAGAUUCUUCGGUGGCUAAUAUAUAGCAUUCACGGGUGGAAUUUGCCAUAGCUUAUUUGAUCUCUGGAAAUGUCACAUACAUUGUUUCCUGUUCCUUAUUCAUUUGUCCGUACCAGAACUGUACCAAAUGAAAAUGGAAGAAGUUUUUGGUAUCCAUGCCUGGGAGUUGCGAAGCCGAUAAGAUAUCCCAUUAAAUUCGUACAUCGAUCACAAAGAUUGAAUUUGUCUGCUGGAAUUGGUGAAAUGGAUGGAAUAAUCAUUGUUGAUCAUGGUUCACGGAGAAAGGAAUCCAAUCUUAUGCUAGAUGAAUUUGUGGCGAUGUUUAGAAAUAAAACUGGCUAUCCCAUUGUAGAACCUGCUCACAUGGAAUUGGCUGAGCCAUCAAUAAAAGAUGCCUUUUCUCUGUGUGUAAAACAAGGUGCAAAACGUGUGGUUGUGAGCCCGUUUUUUUUGUUCCCUGGACGACAUUGGCAUCAGGAUAUUCCUUCCUUAACGGCUGAAGCUGCAAAGGAGCAUCUUGGUGUGUCGUAUAUAAUAACUGCUCCUUUGGGUCUCCACGAACUGCUUGUGGAUGUUGUGAAUGAUAGAAUGAAGCAGUGCUUAAGCCAUGUAUCUGGAGAAUCGCAAGAGUGCUCUAUUUGUGCGGGAACUGGCAAGUGUCGUAUCCAUACAGUUUAACUCGAUGUUCAGAAGAACUAGACUGCUCUGCUGCUUGUAAAGUGAAAUUUUCUUUCUAGCUUAUACAAUUCUCUCCAAGAUUUGGUUUUGGCUAAAGUGAAGGUUUCUUUCUGCUGCUGCUUUCUGUUUCAAGAAUCUAUUUCCACUCCAGAACCUGGUGAAUGGUCAUCUUCUUCUUUUCUUUCUUCUUUAUUAUUAUUUUUUCAAGUUCUUAUAAAUAAGUGAUUCAAUUUUAUUUUGGUACAUAAAUCAAACCUUUAUUUUAGGUUGUUUAAAUACAAGGUAACUUUUACUAAUUAAAGGGCAUAAACUGACAAUUAGGCUUGUUUGAUGUAGAGUUAUUUAGAUAUAAUCUGGAUUAUUUGAAAAAAGAAAAAACUCGUUUGUUGAUAAUGAAAUAAGAGGUUAUUUGGCCCUUGUUCAGUCUUGAAA